CCAGAACUUGUAUUCUGUUUAUACUUUAUAACAUAUCAUACAAUACAAUCAAAACCUAGCAAUACCCUGGCAGACCAGGCUGAACUACAACUCCCUGCAUGCUUUGCAGCCCUAUGCCUCCAGGGAGUGCCACGCACUGAAGCUAAGAGAACGCUGAGGUUUCACACGACUCGGGUGUUUGUCACUCGUUCUUGCCUGCAGCUUCUAUGUCUCCUCUAAUAGACUUCUUCUGGCAAUGCAGAGGGCAGCUCACAUAGGGGGCCUCAGGAGGACACGUCGCUAUACGGAUGUGCCAAUGGCCAUAGUAAGAAGUGACUACUGACAGGUAAGAGAGACAGUGGCUAUCAGGGCAGGGGGGCAUAGUGGUACUGUUCAGCAGAGGAAGGGGUAGGAGUACCAUCAGACAGGAACUAAGGAGAAGUUAUUAAUAAGGGAAGGGACUCACACCAUGGGGUAUCAGAUAUUAUCAGGGGAGUUAGAAAUAAUUCAAAUUAAUUACACAAUAACUUUACAAUUAUGGGUUAAUUUUCAGAAUACAGUAACAUUCACAGCAUUUACUGACCAAACACUAUUUUUGGUGUUAGGUAAUUUACUGCAGAGAUAUACCUUUACUGUGAGUUUUACCCUUUCUUUUGGCAAUUGGUAACACUCUAAAUAUAAAUAUACCAGUAAAAUUGAACUGAAAAGUACAGAUAUUAUGAUAGAAAUGUGCAUUGCUAUACAUGUGUAAGUCAAUAUAUACAGUAUUAUUAUGGUGGAAUAGGGUACACUUGUAUAUAUUUUUUUGUGUGUUUGGCGAGUUGUUUAGGCAAGUGAAUUUCUCUAGUUAUACACUAAAUAUUAAUAUUCAGCAACUUACAUUAAAAUAUAGAUUGUAUAUAAAGGUUAUGAACUGUUAUAUAAACAAGGAGUACUGACACGUCUUUUAAAGUCACAGUCAUAAACCGUAUACGAGAGUGUCAAAACGUUUGUUGUUUAUAUUUGUAAUAUAUAUUGUCUCACAAGAAGUUUGUGCUUUAUAUGUGACAAUAUGUUUUGCUAAACUCCUGAUACUUGGAUUUGUAUGCUUCUGAAUUCCUACUUAGCCAAGCUCAGUCUGCCAUGGAACCUAACCAGUGCGCUAUCCUGGUGUGAAAUCUGUUUGAUUUCCUAAAAAUAUGUGCAAACUGAACAAAUAGCACCAUAAAUGCCAAGGAGGGAUUUACCAAGCCAAUACAGGAAAUGUUCUCAGUGCCAAAUUCCAAAUGUUGUUUUUUUUUUUUUAAUUUUAUUUUAUAUCAGUGCAUGGUUUGGUACAGAAAUAAAAGAACUGACAACUGGUUACCUCCGCUAAUUUCCUUCCAUCAACCGGCCGGGAACCAGUUAGGGCAUAAGGAGACACAUUUUCAUCCCCACCUCCCGUAACUGGACGACACACAGUCCUGGAAGUACAACACAAUUUUAUUGGCCACACAUGGCUUUUAUGCAUAACCGUGUGCAAGGGAUUUACCACACAAACAUGCAAGGACACGUCCCAAGAUCCUCCCCCUCCCUGAGGUCCCAGCGUGGGAUAGGACUAUGCUCCCUUUGUCCCCAAAGCCCACCACUCCUGUCAUCUGAGAGCCGGAGCAUCUGGCUACAGGAGAGUAGGCUCCGUGUAAGAAAGGCUAACUAAGGCUGAACAAUUGAUAGGUACUUGCUCUACCUGUGAAUUUAACAUUUGGAAGACAUUAGUCUGUAUUUUUGAGCACACAUUCCUUCCUCAUUUAUUUAGGGUGCAUGAUGCUCAUAACUGUGGCAUUAAAGGGACACUAUAGUCACCUGAACAACUUUAGCUUAAUGAAGCAGCUUUGGUGUAUAGAACAUGCCCCUGCAGCCUCACUGCUCAAUCCUCUGCCAUUUAGGAGUUAAAGGACCGCUCUAGGCACCCAGACCACUUCAGCUUAAUGAAGUGGUCUGGGUGCCAGGUCCAGCUAGGCUUAACUCAUUAUUUUAUAAAUAUAGCAGUUUCAGAGAAACUGCUAUGUUUAUGAACGGGUUAAGCCUUCCCCCAAUUCCUCUAGCGGCUGUCUCAUUGACAGCCGCUAGAGGCGCUUGCGUGCUUCUCACUGUGAAAAUCACAGUGAGAGCACGCAAGCGUCCAUAGGAAAGCAUUGAUAAUGCUUUCCUAUCUGAUCGGCUGAAUGUGCGCGCAGCCAGCCGCAUGGGAGGAGAAGAGGAGGAUCGGAGGAGGAGAGCUCCCCGCCCAGCGCUGGAAAAAGGUAAGUUUUUCCCCCUUUCCUCCUUCCAGAGCCGGGCGGGAGGGGGAAACUGAAGGUGUGGGCACCCUCAGGGCACUAUAGUGCCAGGAAAACGAGUAUGUUUUUCUGGCACUAUAGUGGUCCUUUAAAUCCCUUUGUUUAUGAACCCUAGUCACACCUCCCUGCAUGUGACUUGCACAGCCUUCCAUAAACACUUCCUGUAAAGAGAGCCCUAUUUAGGCUUUCUUUAUUGCAAGUUCUGUUUAAUUAAAAUUUUCUUAUCCCCUGCUAUGUUAAUAGCGUGAUAGACCCUGCAAGAGCCUCCUGUAUGUUAUUAAAGUUCAAUUUAGAGACUGAGAUACAAUUAUUAUUUAAGGUAAAUUACAUCUGUUUGAAAGUGAAAGCAGUUUUUUUUUUCAUGCAGGCUCUGUCAAUCGUAGCCAGGAGAGGUGUGGCUAGGGCUGCAUUAAAGGACCACUCUAGGCACCCAGACCACUUCAGCUUAAUGAAGUGGUCUGGGUGCCAGGUCCUUCUAGGGUUAACCCAUUUUUUCAUAAUUAUAGCAGUUUCAGAGAAACUGCUAUAAUUAUGAAUGGGUUAAGCCUUCCCCCUAAUCCUCUAGUGGCUGUCUCAUUGACAGCCACUAGAGGCGCUUGCGUGCUUCUCACUGUGAUUUUCACAGUGAGAGCAUCAGCGUAAAUGAAAGCAUAAUGAAAUCGGCGCCCGCUGCGCAUUCAGCCGCGGGGCGUAACGGAGGCGGAGAGGAGGAGGAGAGCUCUCCGCCCAGCGCUGGAAAAAGGUAAGUUAUUACCCCUUUCCCCUUUCCAGAGCCGGGCGGGAGAGGGUCCCUGAGGGUUGGGGCAACCUCAGGGCACUAUAGUGCCAGGAAAACGAGUAUGUUUUCCUGGCACUAUAGUGGUCCUUUAACAGAAACAAAGUGAUUUAACUCCUAAAUGACAGUGAAUUGAGCAGUGAAGUUGCAGGGGAAUGAUCUACACACUAAAACUGCUUUAUUUAGCUAAAGUAAUUUAGGUGACUAUAGUGUUCCUUUCAGCUGAAGCUGCUUCCUCAUCUUUCAAUAUUAUUUUUCUUUCUGCACCGACACAGUUUUCAUGAUGAUGUCUGGACACAGUUCCCUGGAGUUCUUUAUCACAAUAUAUGUAUUUUGCUGAUAAGCUUUUUUUCACUGGCAGUUGGUAUUUUCAUAAGAUAUUCCUAUCUGCCAUUGUUCACCAAGUUACACAGGAGAACUGAUGUGUAACUUACUUUGUGCAAACAGAGCAUUGUGUCCUGUUCAGACAUUUCCUUUUAUUUCUGCUUCUUGUUAUAAAUCAUUUUCCCUAGACCGUGAGUUCAUCUCAUGUUUGAUUUUAGUAUUUGUCCUUUUCAUUCUGGCUCCUCCAUCUUGUAUUGUCACAAGGUUCUUCUGACUCCAUCUUAGAACUGUAAAAGUAAUUGGUGUAGGUAGCGCUUCAGGGGUUUAAUACUAAACGCAGAUAAAUUCUCUUGGGUGCUAAAUUCCCAUGUCCUAUUUAGGAUAGCAAAUACAUAAUAAACAUCAAACCAUUGCACACCAAUGUCAUUAAAGGGACACUGUAGGCACCCAGACUACUUCAGCUCAUCAAAGUGGUCUGGGUGGAGUGUCCCUUUUACACAUAGUGAUGCAAUGUUAACCAUUGUAGUUCCAGAGAGGGCUUCCUGGAUUGAAACGGACCUUCGGUCCGGUAUCUGAUGCUGGACGUCCCAACCCUCUACAUGAGAACACCCAGUGUCAGACUUUUCCCCAUAGAAAAGCAUUGAUUCAGCGCGUUCCUAUGGGGAGGACCAAUGUGCGCGUGGCAUUUACCGCGCAUGUGCAUUAGCAUCGACAUCGGAGGGGGUGGAGUGUUGGCCCAGCGCAGAGGGACAUUGGUGCUGGGAUCAGGUAAGUAAAGGGUUUGUAACCCUUUGUUUACCUGGGUAGGGGGCGCGAGGGAGUUUGGUAGCAGGAGGAGCGAUAUUGCCAGAAAUACAAGUUUGUAUUACUGGCACUAUAGUAUCCCUUUAAACAAAAAUAGUUAUUGAUACAAAAAUAGCAAUAGUUUUAACACUUUUUAAAAUUGCAUAGCAUAAGUGUGCUAACACCAUAUUAAGCAAAAGCAUAUUCAGAUAUACAAUAUAGAUGCAUGUGCAAACAAAGCAAAUGGAGUAUAAAACCUAAACCCACCAAUAUUACCUUAGAUACACUGGCCAAGAGAGUGCAGACCACAGCCCUAAUGUUUUGGCUUGUUGCCUUCCUCAAUAUGGCUCUACACUGCCAGUCUUAUUUCUACCUGUUACAUAGGUAAUGCUACAAUUAAAUGGGAUGGACCCUUGGAUAUUGGCCAUAAUCGUGUGCUCACUUUCUGGCUUGGCAUGUCAUGUAAUUGUGCAUCCUGACGGAACCCGUGACAUCGAGGCACAUAUGAUGGCCAGUGUACGGAAUGAUCCCUCAGCCAACAAGCAUAUCCCAUUUUAAAAUGCAUGCUAAUGCAGGCCGCACGUGGCCAAAUGAUUAACGGGCAAGUUAAAGAUACUUACAUGUUAACAUGAUAUACUGAGUCUAAAUAGUCAAAAAUGUGCUAAAUGCAGUUCAUUCCAACAUAGGACAUAUAACCACAGUACCAAAGAUCACUGAUAAGUCAAUAAAACAUAGCUGCAUAUAAAAAAAAAAAUAUAUAAUAAUUAUCAAAUUGUACAAAUGUAACUCAUAGAAUGUUUGGGGUACCAUACUUAUGACGUGCUGUACUGUUAUUUUACAUACACAAUCAUAAAGGGGCUCAUAUACAAUUGAGUUUUAUACAUGGAUGAAUAUCUUCAACAUAAUAUCAUCUUGUGACAUGUGGGGAAGACCAGAACAUUUUGUUAGAACUACUGAUCUCCUCAGCAUUUGAUGUCCAGCAGCAGGCUGCCCAUGAGAACUUACUCCUUUUUAACCUAACAAAAAAUAUUUAAUUUCAUUGUGCCUGAUAAUAAAGGACUUCAUAAGGAUCUAGACCCAUGUGUAGUGGUGUUUCAGUUAAGGGCAUAAUCUACUAAACUGUAAGUUGGUUUAUUUCCACUCAUGCAGCAAAAGGUACUGGCAACCAUUUUGUCAGAAACCGUGGAUACCCUCUACAAUUUUAUCUACUAUUCUGUUAGCCUUUUUAUGUAUUUGCUGUACCAGCGUAUAAGCUUUUUCCAAUAUAAUUAAUGCAUUUUACAUUACAUUCUUUAUGUUAUAAUAGAACUGAUUGAAAUUAAUAGUUUAUUUAAAUCAAACAGUGCUUGGAAACAGUCCAAACCAAUCCUACUCCUAUGUAAUGUAUGGCCAUCAUAUUAUGUCUAUGCUCAGCAGAUUAAGUCCAGCUUGAUAAUGGCCCUGUUAUACAGGGAAUUGAAGUUCUCCUAUACCUGAAUAUUCCUGAACUAUUGCUUCUAACUUCCCUGGCAUCAAUAAUAUAGUAGACACUGGUCAAGUCCUAUAUAUUUUUUUUCCUUUUUGGUCCUUUAGAUUGACAGAACAAAGAAUAUGACAUUUAAUGGGUAGGAAUGUGUAAUGUUUGACUUUUUUUAUUAUUAUUUGCAGGUCAACCAGUGAACUUUGUAAAGAAAUGGUGGAACACAUCGUUACAAGGGAUCCUCUGGCUGCUGAUUUAAAAUGCAGUCUUUUUGCCUCUGCUUUGAAGAGCUACAAAAGAGACUCUGUGCUCAGACCAUUUCCUCCCUUCUACACCAUAGACCAGCUCAAGGAUUUUGACGCUUUGGUAUGUAAACAUUUGAAUUCGUCAAUUUCAAACAUAGCGUUAAAUUAACAUUCCAAGCACCAUAACCACUAUUUGCUUCUUACCUGGGCACUGCUCUCCGCAGCCAGACACUCACACAUCUGAUGGCUUAGCUCAUAGGCUGAAAUACAUCAGCUGAUGCUCUUAGCCAAUGAGCUGGCCAUGUUAUCAUCUCUGGCAUUUAUACUCCAACAUAGUCCACAGCACUAUACAAUUGCAGCCACUGGUUAGUUGUGAAGAUGAUGAUGAUGAGGAGGUAACUGAGUGAGAUCUCAAGCAGCUGUAAAAGCAUUCUAUAAGCUAAGAGUAAAACUGGGUGGGCAAGAGGAAGCCAGGCCUUGCCGAGCUUAACUAAGGAGAGCUUAUCAAUCUCACUUCCAUCUGUGAGGGAGUUGGGAGUCGUGCUAGGAAAAUCCCAGAUAAAUAGUCAAGCUAUUAACAAAUGGUUUGACUUCUUACACUGAUGGUGCCAGGGUACGUCUGACACAAUAACCACUGCAAUGUGCUACAGCUAUGGGAUUCCCUGAAAUCCAAAAAAAGUUCUUGUUGCACAGUUCUGUAGCAAUAUAGAAAAAUGUAAACAGUAAAUUAAACAAUAUUUUACUUCCUAGACUGCUCUUCCUAUACAUUUUCUAUAAAACAGUGAACUGAAACAAUUUUUAUAAUUUAAAACAUUUUGAGCUGCUUUCUUCAUGGCUCCAUUUGAGCCGUGUGUUUGCCAAAAUAAAUUGAGAAACCUAUAUAUUCAGGGUACUUAAAUGUAUAAAAUUGUACAGCGCUAUGGAAUCUGAUGGCGCUAUAUAUAUAUAAAUAAUUAAUAAUAAUUAAAUUAUAUUGUGUGGGUAAUUAAAGCAGCUCUGUCUUACCUCCACUGGAAAUCCAGCAUUUCAGAGCUGUGAUGUUAUUUUUAGUAAUGAUGAAUUCUAGACCGUUCUUUUGUUGCUAAAUAUUGAUAUUUUUUUUUUAGAUUGCUGACACAAAUGGUUUGCCCUGCCUUCGAGAUAUCAUCCAGAGGAAAACAGGCUGGGAUAAGAAAUCAAUAGAACUCCUGAGCUGGAUUUUAUCUGAGAAAAUAUUUACCAUCAAAAGUGUCAAUAAGAACAAGGUAAGUGUUUUGUGCUUGGAUGCUAAUCUGCAAAUGGUAGCAACCUGUUACGUGUCUGUUUGAAGUUUGCAGAUGCAGCAUGUUUAAAGUGUACACUAAGAAUAAAGUGAAAGCUGACCUGUUGUGGUCAUUUUGUAGGUAAUCAAAACCAUAAAUGGGCUGUUCUAAAAGUCCUUAGCAAAGUAUAGCCUUUAAGUUGUAGUGAGCUGACAUAGAAGAAAGAUUCUCACUAAGAUAAGCACAAUGUCAGACUCCAAUACAACAUUCAGCUAUCAUGAGUCCAAUUUAACCAAACAGCCCCACACACAGUAACUCCGAAAGCUUGUGUUUCUAAAAGACUGCAAGUGUUAUGCAAGAUGUGUGAAUUGCACAGAUGGCAUUGUUCAUUUAGAAUCUCAGACCACGUUUCUGUGUAUGUUGUGCACGUGUCCUUUUUCAAGAUUUGCCUUAUGACUUGUGACUUUUGCACAGAAGUAUAUCCAUGCGUGUUGAGAAGUUAUUGUACAACAACAAUUAGGGUUUUAUGCAAUUCAGUAUUAUUGGCAUAAAGAGCAUACAUGCAGCAUACAACAAUAUCGGAGACAGGUCCAUUUUAUUGCCCUUUUCUGUACCGAGUAAAAUAGACUAUUCAUUGUUGGGGAUUUCUAAAAAGUCUUGCAAAUAGAAUAUUUGGACAGAGUUCUAAAAGUAUUGCAAAUAGAAUAUUUGGACAGAGUUCUAAAAGUAUUGCAGAACUUACUGUUUCUGCUGUUACCAUUGGUUUCCAGGGCAAAUGUGCCACCUUAGGAACUCGUCCUACAUUUGGGAUAGUGUCACCUUUUAUAAAUCCUCCAUUAUCCUCCAUUAUGUUUUAAUAAUGCAAUGGUAAGGUGCACAAUAAUGACUUUAUUAAAAAAAAAAAAAAAAAUAGGGAUGACAGACACAGAGUAUGGCGAGUAAUUCUGUAGAGUUAAAAUGUUUGGUGCAAACCUAACCUUUUAAAACAAAUGACCUUGGAAAUAUAUGGUUGGACAUAAUGGUACUUUCAGUGGUCUUGCACCCUCUAAAUUUUGUAUUUCUGAUGAUUUUAAUUCCCCCAAACAAAAAUCAUUUGUAAAGUAUUGUUUUCUCAAAUAGAAGAACAAGGCUUUUGAAAAGUGCAUUUCUCAGAAACAAAAUAAAAAUCCCUCUAAUAAUUUAUUUUGGAAACAAUAUGAACACCUGAAUCCUCUGUAUUUUUUGUAUUUCAUAACCAGAAUACAUUUAGGUCAGAUGAAAUAUUCUGAUAGUGGUAUUGGAUAACUUCUUUGUGACAAAUCAUGUGCUAGGAUAUAAAAAUGGUGACGUUUCAGCCCAUAGGCCUUAGUCAUGCAAAAGUACAUCCUAAAUGCCGGAAUAUUAUUUUUUACUUUAUAUGGGAAUUAUGCCCUUAUAACGUUAUUUUAUUGUCACUAUGCACCGUGUCACACCUUCUCUGUCAAGUGAUUAGCAAAAAUAUGGGUUGGAGUUUAGAAUAUAAUGUGUAAAAUUAAUUUUUAAUUUCAGCAUGUGUAGACAAAAUGUGUUUUUUUUUUUUUUUUUAAUUACAAAAAUAAUCUUUGUUUUUCAUGCACACCACUCUAGAAUGGGCACAUUUUGCAAAAUAUGUUUGUUUGCAAAGGUGUCGUGGUAUAUGUGGUAUUACGGCAUGGAUAGUCAUCUUUUACUCUUGUGUAUACAUGGUUUUUAGCAGUGAAGGGGUUAAACUUCAAAAUCCAACUUACUAACUAACCCACACAGCUGCUGUUUUUCACAGUUUUCCAAUGGAUUUAAUGGCAAACAAGAACAACUUAACUGAUGCAAUUUAAUUUUUUUCCCUGCCUUGAAAUCCUUGGAUCUCACUUAAGCCAUUGCCUUCUGACUAAUGAUCAUCUAAUCCUUUUUUAAUUUGUCUGAGCCUGUUAUAAAAAUCCUACUAUGAAGAGGUCAUUCAGAUGAAUAAAUUACCUCUUUUGGGAAAGUGUUUUAAUACUUCUGUUCUACCUAGUUAUUUUCUGUGCAUGUCUUAAAAAAAUACAUCCAUCCAAUAUUUUUUUUAAUUGAUAUAGAAACAUACAGCUCAAUUUACUAGAGCUUGACAGACAUAUUUAUUUUGGCGUUGCAGCAAAGUUACACCCAAAUUAGUAUUAACUUACUGGUGUAACUUUGCUGCAAAUCCAAUUAGUUAAAGGGUUCUGGCUUAAGUUAUUUACAGGAAACCAUGGGAAUUGCUACACUACUUGGCAUUAUUAGCCAAAUGAUGUUGUGGUUUCACAGGCUCAAAAAAAGCUCUUUUAUUGGUGGAAAUGCUAUGCCUAGUGAGACCAGGCGUAAUGUUUUAGUAGGUGAGCUACGCCAAUAAAAUGAGACCUUUCAGUGCUGCAGUGUGUAAUAAACUGACCUGGCUUCUCCAUAAAAAAGAAUGAAAACUCAAGGUUCCCCAAGCUCCACCACAAAAUAUGACCCUUUUUACCCCACUCACACUAAUAAUACUAGGAGAAGGGGUAGGCAAAGAAUGUAAAAUAAAAAAAACAACCUGUAAAAAUAAAGGCAAACCAAUCUCUUUUCCCCUAACACCGUCCUUAGCAUUCACUCUAGGGAACAGAUCUACUGGUUAGCUAACCCAGAAUUCAGUAGCUUGGCUACUUACUCUGUCUAGUCUUUGGUCUCCAGUAAUAACUUGCCAAUUAAUGCUAACUAUAUAAAGCUUUAAUAUAAAUUUAUGAAAAUGCUUAUGAGAGGUUCAAGGCAUCUUUAUACAAUGGUAUCACAAUUACAAAACUGUUAUAGAUUCUUAAAAUGUGAUCUAGUCUGUAUGAAUUAACCAGCAGCGUAAAUCAUGUAUGUACUAACCAUUAUGGUCCUAUAAUACCAGCCUUGAGUUAAGGCUGCCCCUCACUUGCUGUUUUAGUAUGAGGAAAUCGGAGCCCUGCUAGGCUCUCCCAGUCUUGCUCUGCCCACCCCUGACUUCCUGUUUGAAAUAGAAUACUGCGAGAAGCUGAACGCCAAGUUCCAGGAGAUACGUGGCGAGAGGGACCUGAUGUACGCUUUGCAUGGCAGUCGGCUGGAGAAUUUCCAUUCCAUACUCCACAAUGGCUUGCACUGCCACCUUAACAAGGUUUGACACUUUGCGUGAUCUUUCUGUGUGUGUAUAUGAACAUUCUUGCUACCGGUGUAAACAAUUUAGUAAACUAAAGUACGUGUGUGUAACUUGCAUUUGAUUGUAAAUGUAUGAAAAAGAAGUGUAAACCAAACCUCUCGCCUCCCUACCUGGGAAUCACUGAAGCCAUGCAUUUUGUGUUCUCUGUAGCAUUUUAGUUCAUCAUAGAAACCAAGCUAAUUAAGUGCGUCAUGGUCUCUCUAGCCUUGCAGUGGUCUUUCAAGCCCUGGCUAGUAGACUCGUGCACAAAUUUGUUUGAAGCAGUUUGACCCCACAGGUAAAUUCUGGACAGGUUGUUUAGUAACUGCUGAAUUCAAGUCUACUGGCUAGUAGUGUAGUAGUGUAGGACUUAAAAUUUCAAGCCCUGUAUUUAGUGUGUGUGUGUGUCUACAUAUUUAUACAAUAUAGAAAUAGUGUGUGUGUGUGUGUGUGUGUAGGUGAUGCUGUAUUAGAUGUUUAUGGCUUUGUGGACCGUUAGUGCUUUUUUAUAGCUAUAAAAGUUUAAAACUGCUGAUAAAUUCUCCUGAAAGACAAGUCAAAUAUUUAUAAUUUAAAGACAAUCCAUUCAAUAUUGCUAGUUUCUGUAUAAAUUAUGAUUGUUAUAAAGAAGUAAGAAGAUACAUGUUUUAUAGCUACUCUGAAUAAUUCCCUGACUUUUAUAAAAGGUCUGUAUUGCGCUAGUAAUAACUCUCUGAUCUCCUCUUUCAGACUUCCUUGUUUGGAGAAGGCACAUACUUGACUAGUGACCUGAGCCUGGCCCUUCUGUAUAGCCCUCAUGGUCAUGGAUGGUGUCAUAGCAUUUUAGGACCAGUGCUGAGCUGUGUAGCAGUGUGUGAAAUGAUAGAUCACCCUGAUGUAAAGUGUCAGGCAAAGAAGAAAGGUGAGUUAGUCUGACCAGGGGGAGCACUAACAUACUAAUUGCUUAACUGAGAAAAAAAAUAGAUUUUUUUUUUUGAUUUUUUUUUUUUUUGAUUUUUUUUUUAACUGGAUGCUAUAAUAAUUACCAUUACUACAUCCAGUAUAGUAAUACUAUUUACUUAAAUUGUUAUGCCAACCAAAUAGUGUUUUAAUAAAACACUUUUUUUGAUUGGGGGAACCCUUGAUGUGCAGGUCAGUGUCCUUCAACUCCUCUUAAAAAUAAAUACAAAAAUACAGCAAGAAUUCGCCUCCAUACCAAAGCUGAGACCAAUUUCUCAAAUUCAGUACGAUCCUCCUCUACAGCCGUUGGUUGCCUAUUGCCAUCAGGCUGUCACUAUGUGUACUGGCUUCAGAUGUCCAAUAUACACAGAAUUGACAAUAGCCACCCAGGAUUCCUGUUUUGGGCUGGCUAAUUAAGCCCCAAUGAUGCUGCCAGAGGUGGUUACACCACCAGCAGAAGAGGGGUUAAACGCUUUAUGUGCAGUGCUUCAUAGCAAAACACUGCACUGCAUUAAUCAAUUUUUUCCUAUGGGGAAAAAAUCUGAUGCUGGAGGUCCUUUAUGCAAAGCGUGAGGAUGCCCAGCGUCCAAUAACGGACCAGAGGUCCGUUUAGAUUCCGGAAGCCCUGUAGCGGCUGUCUGGUAGACAGCCACUGAGGGCAGACUUAGAGCUGCAAUGUCAAUGUUGCAGUUCUCUGUAACUGCACUGUUUUACAUGGCAGCAAUAGGUGCAAAAGGGACUCAGCACCCAGACCACUUGAGCUGAGGUGGUCUGGGUGCCUGCAGUGUCCCUUAAGCCUUUGAAUUUCAGUUUCAUAAAAUAACUAUGCACAACUAGAAAAAAUAAUCUCCCUCUCCCUCUCCCUCUCCCUCCCCACACACAUUUGGCCAUCAGUCACUAGCCAGCUCCAGGAGUCCAUUCACUUUAUUUUUAAGGUGAUCUUGUAUCUUGUAAUACCUUUUUUUUUAAAUUUUUUUUAAUUUUUUAUUUUUUUUAUUGGACUAACAGAAUUUUUUUUAAUGACAAGCUUUCGGGAGAACCUCCCUUUCUCAAGUCUAAAGCAUUUCUGAGCAAGAUGACACAUUUGAUAGAAAAUUGACCCCAUUCUCGCAGAGGGUUGUAUAUAUCUUGUGUGAAGAUCAGAGAGAGAGGGAAAAAAACAAGCAAACAGUGCAGAAGAUGGUGCUAGAAGGGGAGAUUAAAAUCAAAAUAAAUAUAUAUAUUGUUUUUACUCUACCCUUCUAGCACCAUCUUCUGCACUGUUUGCUUGUUUUUUUUUCUCUAUUGAACCAACAUAAGAGUUUCCUCUCUUCCUCAACUCUCAAAAGCUUGUCUUUGAAAUAUUAUGUUAGUCCAGUAAAAAGGUAUCAUUGCAUACUGCAAUACUAUGGUAUUUUGGCAAUAUAUAUAAUCUCACAGGAGUCCACAUACAUACGCUAUAAGCUAUAAUCUCAAAACAGCUCUAGUGAGUUUAUCAUACCUAGUAGUAGUGUUGGUAGGGAGCAUCUAAGGAACACUCUAUGUAUCAUAACCACUACGGCUCUCUAAAAAAAGAAAACUUUUUUUGUGUGUUUAUCCAACUUCCUUGGCUGUUACAGCUAGGCUGUUACACGUUUGUGUGUCUGUAGCAUGCAGAUAGAGAUAGAGAUAGAGAUAUAUAUAUUCUAUCUAUUUUAUUUUUUAUUUUUUUUAAACUAGAACGGCCUUCAUUUCUAAAUAUAUCUCUUUCUGGUAUAUAUUUUUCAGAUUCAUGUGAAAUCGACCGGAAGCGAGCAAGGGCGCGUAACAGUGAAGGGGGAGAUGUUCCACAGAAAUACUUUGUUGUGACAAAUAACCAGUUGUUGCGAGUAAAAUACCUUUUGGUGUAUUCUCAAAAACAGCCGAAGAGAAGGUGGGUAGAAAUUGCAGGGCUGCCUAUAUUUUCCAAAUAAUUCUAAUAUGCUGAUUACAGUACAAUUUAAAGAAUCUACCAAAUAUGAGAGUGCAGUUUCAGUAUGAUCCUAAUCAUAUAUUUACAGGGUGCUAGCUAAACCCCUAACACUUAUAUAGAUAAACUAAUACUUAAAUAUUUCAAGGAAUACUCGUGUGUACAAGUUUUAGUGUACAACUAUUUAGUUCUGCCCCCACCCCCAGAAUGAAUUAAGAAAAUAUAUAUAUUUAUAUUUUACUCACCUUUCCCCCGUGUCAGUCUCCCUUUGGCUUCCCUGCUGAGAUGAGCAAUCUCCUUCUGCCUAAUACUCUAUCCUGGAUUGAGCUUAUUGGCAGGGUGUUGUAUACAAGUCAAUUGUUCUGGUGCAUCGAAGAUUAUAAGAAACAAAUCACGUUCUAAUAAACAUACAUCAUGAGCAUGGGAUUAACUAUACAUUUAUAUUCCCACUAAUAUACACAAAUAUGCAGGUAAUUUUUGUGAAAUGAUGAUGAAAAAACAACUGUAUAUUAUGCCGACUGCAUCAAUGAGUGGAAACACGUGGAAAUAAUUAAAGCACUAAACCAGGGAUAUCCACACUGGUUCCUCCACGUGUUAUUGGGCUACAAUUUCUAUGAGGCAUUGAGGUACACACACUCUUGCAACAGCUGGAGAACCUCUGUUCUACAUGCUUGCUGUUGUAUCUUUUGUAAUAUUUAUGCAGAGAUUUAUUUUUUGUUUUGUUUUGUGUUCUGGGUUUAUAUUAGAUUGUCAUAGUGUGUAUACCACUGACACCGCAAAAAAUUACCCAUCUGCUAGGCCUAGUAGUCCAUGGAUUACUGCUGGGCAUGUGAAAGUGAAGAUGAGGGCACUGGUGAUGAAUCAUAUGGUAAUUGUCUCGUGUCUAACUGUUUUCAUAUUCUUGUUUCUGUCAUUAAUAGAUCCAAGGAGCCAUCCUGGUUUUCAACACACCGGUUUGCUAUUAUGAUGGCGCUAUACUUGUUUAUACUGCUUCUCAUUGGGUUAAGCAACUCCAAAGCCUUUUCUCAGCAUUGGAAAAGACUGUUGGGUUGGACAUCUUGACAUCUUCAACUACUGGGACCACACCAAAAGCCUUAAAUGUGUGCCUGUGAAAGAACUAUGCACCGCCUACUCUACGAUAUGUCUACACUUAGACUUGUACAAGUUGAAACUCAUUCUGCCAGUUUAUAAACUCUUGCACUUUGUACUGACCACAUUCACAUAGGAGCUUUGUGGUGUGAAGCAUUACCUUGAAGCUCCGUUCCUUUUUAUUCAAGAUUCUUAUAGGGUCAUUAAGAAAAUGAAGACUCGAACCUAAGCAAUACUCAAAUUCUAAGACGAGGAAUAAAAGGAAGCAUGUGACAUCUUUUUUUGUCUUCUUAUUUCCCCCCCUUAACUUUCUUAAUGCUAAGAGAUUGAUGUGCAAUGGUAGUGAAAAAAAACAGACGCACCGUCAAUCUAAAAAGUUAUUUCUCAGAAGAAAUGUUCAUUACUAAAAAUGCCAUUGCAUGUAUCUCAGUAGAACUCCUACAUACAAAUUCAUGGCUAAUUACUUUAAUGCUUCAGGGGUUACAGUUUACUUCUUCCUAUUUGUAACUGCUUUCCAAGUUGGCAUGCACUACAUCUCAAUGUGUUGCUGGCACUAAUACGAUUAACAUAAAGCCUUGUUGUCCCUUGGUGACCUGGGCCCUGGUCUGGAUAUCGGUGAUUUCAGAUCACAGGCCUGAAUACUAGACCUGUGUUAUUUUGCCCCGUGGCCAGGUCAGACCAAAUAAAGUUUCAGCCAACAUCAAUUUUCAAAUUAAUCGUUCUUUGCAUUAAUCAUGUCUGGGAUUUUUUCCUCCUGUUUUUGGCGUGGGCUUUUGGGUUAGAAGGCCUGAAAUGCUCUCUGUUACAUGACCACAAAUUACAUCCGUUUGAAGAAUGAAAAAGCCUUUUCAUUAAAAUGGUCUGAACUUGUCUAUCAAUAUCCUGAUUUCAAUAAUCAGUAGUAUCUGUUUGGGAUAAGGAACAUGUGCAUAGUAAACUUCCAUACAGGUCACAGUGGUGAAUAAAUGGGGACCAAGAACUGCUUAAUGACUAGAAUAAUAAAUAUAAUUAAACCUUUUUGAUGUUCCAGCUGCUUUCAGCAUGGGUUUAUGGCAUGGAUAACUAAAUACAUGUAUAUGUGACUGUAAAUAAAAGUGGAUUCAUUUUGUCAGAGAUAAAAAGUCCACCGUGACUGUAAGAUUGGCCAAGUGCAUCAACAAAUGCACUUUCAGGUUUAGUUGUUGGGAAUCGUGGGCUUUAAAUUAUAAUUGUUUAUUGGGGAAAAGUAUGUAAUAAUUAAUUGUUGGUUGACCUAUUCAAAUCUUGUAUUGAACACGAAGCACAGAAAGAUUCAAAACUAUGAUAAAAAAUAUAUUUCUAUUUAGAUACAGUAUUAAAUGUGUUUUAUUUCUUAACCACUAUAUCAGUUCACAUAUAACUAUUUUCUUUGUUAUAUAUUUUUCUAAUAAAAUGUAAUCUUUGUGUCCAGUUGUUGAUGAUCUUGAAAAGACUUCAGAUAGGUAUACACUGUGGACGAAGAAGAUAAGAAUGUUAAACAUAACCAAAUUGGAAAAAUAUAUUCCAAACCAAACACAUUCAUAAGGGAAUUGUUACUGUGAAUACAAAAAUAAAUGAUCACAAUUCCUAAA